GACUACACCAACACCAGAUUUCCAGAAACAUCAGGUGAAUCACGAGACCUCCAACCAUGGGCCAAGAAGCCUCCAAACCGAAACCCGGCACCCGCCUCCAAGUAAUCGGCGCAGGCCUCCCCCGCACCGGAACCGCCUCUCUCGCCAAAGCCCUCGAAAUCCUCCUCUCCGACGACGACGGGGCCGGUGUCCCCGUCCACCACGGCGGCACCCAACUCACCCGCGGCCCGGAGUCCGAAAUCCGCUCCUGGAUCACCUGCCUCUCCCACACGCCCAUCCGCACCGCAGCCGACGAGAAAGUCGUCCUCGAUACCCUGACCGCACACUUCCAAGACGGCUACGCGGCGGUCGUCGACGUCCCCGGGAUGCUCUUCACCGAGGAACUCGCGGCGCUGCACCCCGACGCGGUGGUCAUUUGCACCGUUCGCGAUGCGGAGGCGUGGGUGCGGAGUAUUCGGCAGACGGGGGAGCGGAGCCUGCAGGUUUUCCUGUCGUGGUUUCCGCGGUAUAUCGAUGCUAUUCCCAAUGGGCGGUGGGGGGAGUUGUUCCCCCCGGAAGAAGAAGGGGACGGGGUGCUGCCUACGCGACGGGUGUGGGAGUUGCAUCAGGCUUGGGUGAGGAGGGUUGUAGACAAAGAGAGGUUGGUGUUUUAUGAUGUUAAGGACGGGUGGGGGCCGUUGUGUGAGGCGUUGGGGAGGCCGGUGCCUGGGGUGCCGUUCCCGAGGGUGAAUGAUGGGGAUGCGAUUGAUGCGUUUGCGAAGGAGCAGGUUAUCAAGGGGUUGGUGAGGUGGUUUGUGGUGUUUGGGAGCGUUGCGGUGGCGGUUGGUGGAUGGUGGUGGAUGAGGUGA